AUGGGACGUGCUCCAAUUCUGUAUGUCAAUGAAGUCACUUAUCCGAUUCUGGCGGCGUUUGGUAUCCCCGUUAAUCUGCUGACGGCUGCGAUUUUCUACCGGGGAAAGUGCGGUCUGUCCAGAGGAAUGACGCGUUACAUGAUGGCGAUGACGAUCUCCGACCUGUUCGUUCUCAUAUUCCACGUGUUACUGCAAAAGAUCUACAUUUACUAUCACCCUCAUUCCUUCCUGACCCGCAGCACAGUGUGUCCAUCUAAUAUUUACCUGCGAAUCGUUACGUUGGAUUAUUCCGUCUGGUUAACAGUGUCUUUUACCUUUGACCGCUUUGUCAGCAUUUCUUGCCCGAAACUGAGACUCAGGUAUUGUACGGAGAGGACGGCCGCCGUGAUUGCUGUGUCCUUGUGCGUGCUGAGCUGCUUAAAAUAUAUUCCUUUUCACUUCAUGUACGAACCACACUAUGUCGUGGAAAAAGUGAACUAUGGAUGUCAGCCUAUCUUCGAUUAUUUUACUUUCAUUUGGUGGGUGGUUUUCUCCUGGAUUUGUAGCACCUCUGUCUCCUUAAUUCCAUUUGUUCUGAUCGUAGUCCUGAACGGGCUGACGAUCAGGAACAUUAUAGCGUCUACUAGGGUCCGACGACGCCUGAAGGGGCAUGAUGGAAAUGACAGUGAGAUGGAGAGUCGGCGCAAGUCCAUCGUCUUACUCUUCACUGUGUCCGGUACUUACAUACUGAUGUGGACUACGGAAACUAUCACCUUCAUCUGCACUCGAAUCACAGUUAAUUACUUGGACGGAAAUCUCACAAGCCCCUCUUUUAUCGCCAAUGAGGUAGGGGUCUUACUGAUGCUCUUCAGCUCCUGCGUCAACACGUGGAUCUAUGGAAUGACCCAGAGGAAGUUCAGGCAGGAGGUGAAGAACACGCUUCAUUGUUUAACUCUGUCUGUUGUUGAUCCGAUGCCACUGACGCAGCUGCGGACCUAUAGCCGGAGGACGAAUAUGACGUUGUCGUUCACAUAA